AUGAAGAUGUUAUUAAACUGUGAACCGUCUUUUGUUCGCUGCAUUAAACCCAAUGAACUAAAGAGAGCCAUGGUAUGUCACCAAUUGUCCUGAAAAUAGUGACUUCUACAUCGUCAACUUAGCGUAUGAUCCCCUUUUGUGAUUGCAUUGCAUCAAGAGCCAUAAUAGGAUCUCUUGAUUACAUCUUAAUUCCGCUUUUGCCACCUUGUAUCCUACUGAAAGCGCUAAUAGAUAGGUACACUGUGCAAUCUAACCAAACUGAAUCAACCUAAAGCUGCUUUAACCCGGUGCAAAGGUGCAUGCAUGGGAGCACUUCUCUCAGCAUUUCUGGCUUUCACUCCCUAAAGGGGAGUCCAGCUAGGGUGUUCGACCCCCUCCACAAGAGAUCAAGAGACAGGGGGAUUUUGUUUUUACGGAUUCAAAUUGAUUGUAUAUAAGAAUCUAUUCGUGUAAGAAUAAAACAUGCAGAGUACUUUGCAAUUCAUGUCUCUCGGGAGAAAAGGCCUCCUUGGCAUACUUAUGAAUUCAUUGAAACCUGUUUCCCUUCCAAAUCCAGAUAUUUGAUCGUCAUUUGUGCUGGCAGCAACUGAAAUACUCAGGAAUGUUAGAAACUGUCAAGUAAGAAACUAAACUGGUUAAAUGAUUGACAAAAAAUCAUUUUUGCUACCUUUUGCGGAACCUCAUUGUUAUUAUAAAAAUUAUUAAUAUUAUUAUUAUUUUAAAUUAAUUACCCUCCUGCACUGAGAAAACUGCUAGUAUGGGUUAAAAUUAAACGGAAAAAUACAUCAAGUUAUCCUUAAGAUUAUUUAGAGUCAGGGAACUAUUACAGGAAUCUCAAGCUAAUACAUUCAUUUCCAAAAAUUACCGGGUUACUCCGGGAGAAUGGGAGCCACUCAUGAUACUAUUCCCAGUCCUUUAAGCGACGUCGUACGUCGUGAGCUGAACGUGAGCUGUUUUUUCACUUUUCAAGAUGGCGGCUUCAUCAUCGCCUUCAUUGAAACUCUUAAGCUCAACACCGACAUUAUCGUCAAGACCAAGCUCCAGGUUUGAAUUUACCAAGUCCCACUUCAAAGCAGCGUUUCGUCUAAAAGCAUAAUUCUUAAGUUUAACGGUUAGCUUUAAACAAAGAAAUAAAUAACUGGAAUUAUGUUUUUAACUUACAGGAUUCGCAAAGCUGGUUUUGCUAUUCGUUAUACUUUUGAGGAAUUCAUAAACAGAUAUUAUGUCAUUAUGAAGGAUUUAAAGAUACCUCGAACUGAUCCACGGGAGAUGUCAGAGACAUUAGCUAAAAGACUUCUUCCUGAUGUUGAAUGGACAAUAGGAAAUCGAAUGAUAUUCUUAAAGGUGGGUUAAUCACUACACUUUGAUUAAAUACCCUCUCUUAACCCAAAAUUUUAGUCAAAACAGUGCUUAUAGUGAGAAGUUCGUGUUAGCGUUGAGUUAGGGGAGAGGUAGUUAAGAAGUUUCCCAGAAUCUUAUACUGAUCCAAACAAUUUUGUGCCUAGCUUAUAACUGGUGCAAUUUCACUUCGUUAAAUGAAAUCAUGUUCAACGCAAAAUUAUAUAUAAGUGUAAAUGAGUCUUGAGUCAAGUAAAAAAUUUUGAAUCUCUCGAAAUUACUCCCAGUAACUGUUCUGAUAAUACAUACGGUACAUAUAGUGACAAACCUAAAACUGAAUAAAUGCUAACCAUUUUGAGUCAGUGCGUUGUUAACCCUUUAUACUACUGUAGUCAGUUCUAAACCAUAAUCACCACAGUCGUGCUUAAGCCCUAAUCUCUACUGUCUGUGUUCAGCUUUAAUUGCCAUUUUCAGUGCUUAAACCUGAUCACUAUUUUCAGUGCUUAACCCAAGCCUGUUUCUUAAGCUUGACUUAUGACUCAUUAACUCAUAAAUAAACAAGCUUUCUUGGUUUACCAGGGAUUUUGGCUACCUUAGAGUGUUCAAAUCAUCAGUUUACCAAGAUAAAAUUUGUCUUUCUCUUCAGGGAUCCAUUUCUUUUAUCAACUGAACCAUUCUGUUUAUCCAAAUUAGCAGUUACUGAAGCGUUUCCUCUUCUCUUAUAGGGUAUUUAAGGCCAAACAUGUCAUUUUUGUUUACAGGAUCACCACGGUGA